UUGGUGGGAGAUGCUCAAGAAAGCAAGAUGUUCUCGUGUUGCUUCCCCACUUUGAGAGGUUGCUGCUUCAGGAAUGGAGGGAGUGAGAGUCUUUUCCGACGAUGCCGAAAAAGUCUCAUCCCUCACCCCAGACGCCUGUGGCCCUUUGUAAGAAGGCGCACCCAGCUCCUGGUCCAUAUGUAGAAAUGAGAGCACUGCCAGCACCAGCUGUCGAGCCAGAGCCAGCAUGGGAAGAGCCCCCUCCAGAGAGAGCGCUGGAGCUAGAGGGAGCUCCAGCCAAGGACCAGACCAACGAGGAUCUGCCUGAAAUCAUGGCACCUACUGUAGCCACUGGCCUUAGCCCUGGAGCUGAAAGCGUGGCUGGAGAGAGAAGUGGGAGGGAAGGGGUGACUAGCACAGCUUCAGCCAGCAGCUCCCAUGCUGCCCCUAGUCCUGGGCACAGUGGCAAACAUGCAGGCAGAGAGCAGAGCAUUAGGCCUGAGCUCCUGUACCUCACUGGAGAGAGGCAUCUCUCAUUCAUUAUAGCCACAGCCCUGCUGCUGCAGGUCCUGUUUAUUCUCCUAGUCCUGGUGGGGUUUAUCUGUGUGCAGGAGGUGCUGGAGAGCAUUAAAAGAAGGCUAGGAAGAAGAGUUCCAGCAGCUCCUCCUGCUCCCGGAGGCAACCUCCUCCUCCAGACAUGGAUGUGUGUCCGCAACUGGGCAUCCAGGCUGUUUGCCCCUAAUGUGCUGCCCGGGACAGGCCCUUAACAGGCGGGCAGGGGGUGAGGGGACCAGGAGGUGGCUCCAAAAGGUACAGCAAACAAAGAUUUUAAAGACAGCCCUUGUGCCCCAGGCUCUCAUGCCGCCACCUGCCCUACCAUUUAUUAAUAGUGUUAGAAUUACAAGUUGAUGAAACGACAUUAAAAUAAAGUUUGAUUUCUGAAACUUCA